AUGUCUGAAGAGCGAAAGCCUUUGGCAACCUUUGGGAAAAGUCAAGUUGUGGAGGUGUUCGAUGAAGAGGUAAGAUUUUACUGGUUUCUUCUUAAUGUUUAGGUAUCGUCAGACAUUUUAGAUGAAACAGCAUUCAUGUUUCGAUUUUAUUUGGUUUGAAAAGUCUUCGGCUUAUCUUCGAUUUCGAAGGUAAAAUUUUUUCAAUUUUAGAUAGAUCCUCUACAUGAAACCAUCAUUUCGGACAGCGUGAUCAACCAGAUUGUCAAAGAAGCAAGGCGGAAGAAUCUUCAAGCAAAAGAAGAGGAUUUAAAAGUAUAAACAGAUUUUCGGAUUUUGUUUUAAAAACCUUUAUUACCUUUAGACCCUUGGGAUUGUUUGUUUCGUCGUUUUCCUUUGUUUUGCGUCAGUUCUGCCGUACUCUGGGGAGAACGAUCCACCGAAAUUCGGCGAUUACGAAGCGCAACGGCAUUGGAUGGAGAUCGCCGUCAAUCUUCCCGUCACUGAAUGGUAGGGUCUCUUUUUUCUUCGAUUUUUGCAAUUUUAGGUAUGAAAACUCAACCAGAAAUAAUUUGAUGUAUUGGGGGCUUGAUUACCCGCCACUUACGGCUUAUCACAGCUGGGCCAUUGGCAAAAUGUAAGUCAUUUUUGCCAAACAUCAUUAUUGUUUUAGUGCUGAAGUCUACAACAAAAGUUGGGUUGAGCUGGAGACGUCGAGAGGCCAUGAAAGUCCUGAUCACAAGUUCUUCAUGCGAUGUUCGGUUAUCUUCUCAAUGAUCAUCCUCUAUCUACCAACUAUUUUGGAAGUUUACAAUGGAAUUGGAAAGAGCCAUGCGAAUAGAGUAAGUUAUUACUGUUUUACCGUAGUUCGAACUUUAGAUUCCGAUGUUGUAUGCAGCUCUCUUCUUCCCCGGUCUUAUCUACAUCGAUUCCGCUCAUUUUCAAUACAAUCACAUCUGUCUCGGACUGGCGUUGAAAUCCUUUUUACUUAUGGCGAAAGGAAAUCAGAUCUUGGGAUCGUUUCUGUUCGUGUUGGCAUUAAAUUUCAAACAAAUGGCAUUGUAUUAUGCUCUGCCAGUCUUCUUUUUUCUUCUCGGAAGGUCGUUGAAGAAGGGAUUUGUUGGAAGGUAAGGUUAUGAUACUGAUUUAGAGCUGUAUUUUCAGUAUCUUCAAUGUGGCCAAGCUUGGAAUCACUGUGCUCUUGAUUUUUUUAUUGUUGUGGAGUCCGUUUUUGGCUGAUGGAAGGUAUCUUCAAGUUUUACAUCGAGUUUUCCCAGUGGCAAGAGGACUUUUUGAGGUUAGGUUGUUAGCUUUACCUGCAAUCUCUAAUUAUUCUGUGUAACUGGAGAUUUAUUGUUUUUUUGUUGAUAAUUUCAGGACAAAGUGGCCUCCUUUUGGUGUGUUGCCAACGUCGUCGUUAAAUUCAACAAGUUUCCAAUUGGAACGAUGACGAUCAUCAGCACUGCCGCAACUCUUUUACUUUCGUUUCCGGCUCUCUUGAUGUUGAUUGGACGGCCAACCGAAAGAAUGUUCAAGUUGGCAUUGGUUUAUGUUAGCUUGACCUUCUUCUUGUUCUCCGCUCAAGUUCAUGAGAAGACCAUCUUAUUUGUUGCAAUGUAGGUUAAUUUUUUGUGAAUUUUGGAUGGUUUCCCGGUCUGUUAGUAAUCUUUGUGAGCGGAAUGUUACUCAAGAGGACUUUUUGGUUUGACAUUGUGUCUUUUCUCAAAGAAAACGGCUAGCAGUUGUAUUGUUUUAGGCCCAUCAUCUUGCAUGUCCACCAGUAUCCAGUGGUGGUCACAGAUUUCCUCUCGACCGCCGCCUACAGUCUGUUUCCAUUGGUAUUCCAAGAAAAUGCGAUCCAAUCGUUCCCAUUAUUUGUGAUAUACCACACUUUCUGUUUGAAGCAAUUCCCUUCGACAAAGCUUCACAUUACAGCCAUGAGAGUCCUGAACUUGAUCAUCUUCCUCACCCUCGCCGUUGGGUUGGUCUUCAUAUCGCCUCCUGCCAGAUAUCCAUAUCUUUGGCAGCUUUUCUUCGCCUUUUGGUCAUUCCUCAACUACUUUUACACUUGGAUCUUUUUCUUCAUCCAGAUUAUCAUCCUCUAUUUUGAACCAACCCAGAAGAAAAAGGAGGAAUAG